ACUUCCAAAUUCUCUUUUAGAAGGUGUCUUUUUAGGCUCCUGACACAUCUCGUCCCUAGCACAGAGUGUGCCGCGGGGAGGCUCUGGCCUGGCAUUGAACUCCUGGACAGGCUGUGGUGCGGAAUCGGCGCGGGAAGACCCCCGCGCAGGCGCAGAGCACUUGUUGAGUCGGGGUCUGCAGUGGAGUGUGUGUGGAAUCGGCGCGGGAAGACCCCCGCGCAGGCGCACACUGCGGCGCCUGGCCGAGCCGCUUCCCGCGCAGAGACCAAGCACCUGUUACCUCAGGGUGGCCGCCAGCGCCGUCCUUGUCCCCGCUGGGACGCCGCCUGUCCCCCCGCACCCCCCUCGCCCUGUCUAUUUAUAGUUCUUGUCCGCACUGGCCCAUUUCGGGCAGUGUGGUCAGUCAGGCCCGCCCGGCCGUGCCCUCGACCCCGCGGCGUGCCCAGUCACAGCGCCAUCGCAGCGGAGCGAGCAGGCCGGGCGGCAGCAAGUAAGUAGGGGCCCAGAGGGGACGCGCCCUCGGGUCGGCCAGCGAGGGUCAGCGGCCGCUGGGUCCCCCUGUGGCGUGAUUCAUUUGCGUGCUCUCCAUGAUGAUGCCGUGUCCACCCCCCCCCCCCAUGACCCGUUCUGUCCCAGCUAGACGCUAAACGUCAUCGAGGACAGUUUCAUGGCAUCUCUGUUGAUUUGUGAGUAAUCAGAAAUGCAAAUAGCCCCUGAGGAAUGAAGCUAAACUGAAAGAAACAUUACUUACAAACUUUAAGGAGUGUAUCAUGGAGUACCAGGCUGAGGGAAAGGAGAAGCACCAGCAUAGCCUGAAUUUACUAGAUAAAAUUAAGAAUAUGAAAGAAUUAGAAGAAAUGAUUGAUGUAGUGCUCAUAGCAGAAGAGGAGAAAUUUCCUUGCCACAGACUGGUCCUCGCAGCAUUUAGUCCUUACUUCAAGGCUAUGUUCACCUGUGGACUACUCGAGUGCACUCAGAGGGAGGUUGUACUCUAUGACAUCACAGCAGAAAGUGUGUCAGUGAUACUAACCUACAUGUACGGUGCAGUUCUGGACAUCAACAAUGCCAACGUACAGACCGUAGCAAUGGCUGCCUAUUUUAUGCAGAUGGAAGAAGUCUUUAGCGUGUGCCAAAAAUAUAUGAUGGACCACAUGGAUGCCUCCAACUGCAUAGGAAUUUAUUAUUUUGCAAAACAAAUAGGAGCAGAAGAUUUAUCUGAUCAGUCAAAGAAGUAUUUAUAUCAGCACUUUGCUGAGGUAAGCCUACAUGGAGAAAUACUAGACAUCGAAGCUCACCAGCUUCUGGCACUCAUUAAGUCUGAUGAUUUGAAUAUAUCCAGAGAAGAGAGCAUUCUGGACUUGGUUCUGAGAUGGGUAAACCAUAACCAAGCAUUGCGUACAGAGCAUCUCGUUGAACUUUUGAAGCAAGUCAGACUGGAACUUAUAAAUGCUUCUUUUCUAAGACAGGCCCUAAGAAGGAACACGAUGCUCCUUUGUGAUAGUAGUUGCAUCGACAUGAUCCAGAAUGCAUUCAAAGCCAUCAAGAUGCCCCAGCAGCACUCCCCUAAUCUUCGCUAUGGCAUGGAGACCACCAGCCUGCUGCUUUGUAUUGGGAACAAUUCUUCUGGAAUCAGAUCACGGCACAGGAACUAUGGGGAUGCCAGCUUCUGUUUUGACCCCAUGUCACGGAAAACCUAUUUUAUUUCAUCCCCUAAGUAUGGGGAGGGUUUAGGAACAGUAUGCACCGGGGUAGUCAUGGAAAACAAUACUAUAAUUGUGGCUGGAGAAGCAACUGCCUCUAGGCUCUCUAGACAAAAGAGCAAGAAUAUUGAAAUUUAUAGGUAUCAUGAUAGAGGAAAACAGUUUUGGGAAAAGUUAUGCACCGCUGAAUUUCGAGAGCUCUACGCUCUGGGCAGCAUCCAUAAUGACCUCUAUGUCAUAGGAGGACAGAUGAAGAUUAAAAACCAGUACCUCAUCACAAACUGUGUUGAUAAGUACUCCAUAGAUCAAGACAACUGGAAACGAGUGUCUCCCCUUCCACUGCAGUUGGCCUGUCACGCUGUGGUGACAGUGAACAAUAAACUGUAUGUCAUCGGAGGCUGGACCCCUCAGAUGGAUCUUCCUGAUGAAGAGCCGGAUCGAUUAAGCAACAAACUGUUGCAGUAUGACCCCAGCCAAGAUCAAUGGAGAGAGCGGGCGCCCAUGCAGUACUCUAAGUACCGGUUCAGCGCCGCCGUCGUCAACUGUGAGAUCUACGUUCUGGGCGGAAUUGGCUGUGUGGGCCGAGACAGGGGACAAGUUCGGAAAUGCCUUGAUGUGGUGGAGAUCUACAAUCCUGACGGGGACUUCUGGCGGGAAGGCCCACCUAUGCCAAGUCCCCUCCUCUCACUGCGAACCAAUUCCACCAACGCGGGUGCAGUGGAUGGGAAGCUCUAUGUCUGCGGGGGAUUUCAUGGAGCAGAUCGCCAUGAGGUUAUCUCCAAAGAAAUUUUGGAGCUGGACCCUUGGGAGAACCAGUGGAAUGUUGUCGCCAUCAACGUCCUCAUGCAUGACAGCUAUGACGUCUGCCUGGUAGCUAGGAUGAACCCCCGAGACCUCAUCCCACCACCCUCAGAUCUUAUCGAUGAGGGUGGUGACCACCGAGGGCAAAGAUGAGGGUCGCGCAGCUGGAGGGGCCAUAGCCUGGCAGCCAGGUCUCCAAAUGCACGACCCAGCAUACUGUGUGGUGCUGACGUUCUCAAUGCAUGCAUAGCGGCUGCUGUGUAAAGCUGUACUGAGCCAUGCAGGGCUGGCAGUACAGGGUCUUCCCUUAGGGGCAUCCCAGCCUGAUAGAGUAGAUAGGACGGUGAUGAGGGUCAUGAGAGUGGGACAGGGAGUGCAGGGAAGGCGGCGCCCUCCUCUGCUGGGGGCUCAGGAACACGACAAGCAGUCCCAUGGGUGCUUUUGAUGAUGACGUCCUGGGAGAGGCCAAUCAAAGACCCUAAAGUAGGAAAGCCUGUGCCUGUCUGUGGCAUCUAGUCUAGCCUGGUCACACGGCUUGCACACAAGAUUUGUCCCUGAGAGCAGAAAGGUUAUAACUAGGUGACCAGUGCCUGAAAGAGGGAGAGCAUAGGUCUGGGCCUGGAUAGAGGAGCCAUCUUUCUUGGGGCUUUGCCCCAGCUUAGUCUUUCUGUUAGAACUGCCCUGACCUACAGCAACGGUGCCCACUGUGGGCCAAAUGUUCGUACCUGAGCCCAGCUCUGUCUGGACCAUGGGCCACAGUGAGCAGAGCAUUCCUGGACACAGGAAUUGGGGCUAGUCCUGUGUGUCUAGACUGAACCUGCCCAGCGCCUCUGCCCAGAGCCUCGGCCCAGCUCUCGGCUGUACAGGACCAUCCUCAGGUUGACUGAACAGAGCAGGUCCAAACAUGGGGGCCCAGGCUCUAGUGAGGAGAGAAGAGUCGCCUAUUGCCACCUUCAGAUCCCUCUCCUGGCUGGGAAGGUGAGGUAAAGCCUACUUCAGGGCGAGCAGGGCACAGUGAGCGCUCCCUAGAUAUGUUAGGGGUGAUGUGCAAAUUACACGUGGAAACCCAUCUAUUCUGCUUCCAUUCAUAUUUCUGGAUGCACAGCAGAUCCAGUUGGUGGCUGUUCUCCAACAGCUUCACAAGAGCUCCCGUGUAAGCAGGGCGGAUGCCCUGGGAUCUUUCCGGAAAACAGCAAACCCUGCAUGGAGACAGUGUGUGUGUGCUCUCCAGGUUCAACCCCUCCCUGACAGGAGAGGCAGGCUCAGUCAAAAGGAGCCACUUGACCUUGUUUCUGACACCAAGUUGGGAAUUCUGGGGGCCCAGCACAGGUGUGCUCCAGAAUGCUACACUCCGGGAGGCAGGGACCGUGCCUGUCUCUCUGGGGUCACCCCUAAGUCCCUGUUGCAUGGGUAGAGUUGGAGUGAUCUGAGUCUGUAAGGGACGUCAAGUUCCAGUGUCCUCAUUCUGCCCCCUAGUGGAGGAUGGUAAUCUGAGGUUUCCUUUUCUGAGGCAAACCAGAGCUGCUCCUCGCAUUGGCAGCCAGGAUGUAAAGAGGCUUUACUGUGCCUCUGCCCCCCCCCCAACUCCCCUUCCAGAAUCCCUGUCCCUGCUCACCACCUCGGCAUGUUAGAAGUGGCCUGUCACCUGGAUCGUGGGCUGUAGUGGUUUAUCUUCUGAAUGCACUGGCCACUUGGCAGCCAGGACCAUGGCAGAACUUUUCUAAAUCUUGCCUUCCUCCUAUACAGAAUGGGAAGGGAAAGCCCACAUCCUUUACAGGGCUGGUGUGUGGACUGAGUGAGAAAAUGCUGAGUGAUAGACCGUGUUAAACACAAACACCAUGAACAGGCUUUCGCUGCUGGCCUUCUUACUGCCACCAUGCAUUUCCCAGGACUAGGGGCAGAACAAAUCAGAGCCCAGCCUUAGGGAGUAUUAGACUUCAGCGAGAGAAGGGAAUGUGUUUCAGUUGUUUCUGAUUUCCCCAUGCUUGGCUCCUUAGCAGUGAUGAGGACUCCCUUGGGUCUUCAGCCCCUUGAGAACAUAAGUAGACGCCUCCAGGGCAUCAUGGGUAGUGAGAGUCAUCCUGGGCUAGGACACCAUCGCUGUCAAUGCUACCCGGGUAUGAGAAAGCAGCUUUGCAGGGAAGAUGGUGGGGAGGACUCAGGAGAGUGGCUGGACUCCCUGGAGCAGUCGUGCCGCAAGCUGGAGGAGAGGCAGGAGCUGGGACUAUUCUCAGCCUGUUUCCCCACAGGUGUGUCCAAGGUCUUGGAUGUCUGCUGUGAAUUCCCUUUGUUCUGUAUCCAGAACCAGAGAACAGGCUUGUGGGCUUUAGUGCUCACUUUCAGCUCAGGGUUUCUUGUCUGACUUUCCUAUUUGUGAUUCAAAACAACCCACGCUGCCCUCCCGGAGAACUAUUGUUGGAGAUUCCAUUUGGACAGACCUCCUGUUACUCCUUCACUGUCACUGAAGGGCUUCUGACACUGCGUGAAGACCCUUAGAAAAUGCCUGCUACUGGGGCUUCUUAUCUUUGUGAGGCAGGAUUGCUGGGCGCUGAGCGAGGAAACACAAUGGGGAAGUAAUUUGGAUGCCGGGCUGAUAAAGGCCUGCAGCUGUCAGCCUUACUGACUCAGUUCGAGCUCCGCAAGAGGCAGCAUUGUUCUCAGGCUGACUUUAUAAUGAAGAAACGCUCUGACUGCGGACUUAUAAAAUACAUUUUUGCUAAUGAACAAUUGCCCGCAUUUGGUUUUCGUAUUGUGGGUGAGUGUGA